AUGUCUAAUGCGAUCAUAUUUCCAAAUUUUUGGAAUAGUAUUUGGGGAAAGAAAAAUUGCGAAAUUAAGUGCGAUGCUCCAAAUUGUUCUGCAAUGUGUAUCGGUAUUAACAGUACUACACAGUGCAAUAGCCCCGGUUGUAAAGCUCAAACAAUAGGUGAAUUGUCCACGGCAGAGUGUAACGGCGAGGCGUGCUACUCUCAUUGUACAGGCACAUCUUGUAAUACGAAGUGUGAUGGAACAUCGUGUCAAGGGGCUUGUGCGGGUGAAUCGUGUAAAAACGAGUGUAUUGGAAGCAAAUGUAAAGGACUUUGCUUGGGCGCCAACUGUGUUAGUUCAUGCACUGGUGAUGAUUGCAUGGCAACGUGCCACGGUGAGAAUUGCCAAGUAAAGUGUACCGGACAACGUUGCAAGCAAAGCAAACCUGAUAUAACAGUAGCAAACAAAUUAUUUUCCGUGUUCUCCAAAUUUACAAUAUCA